CGAGUUUCACUUUUGAGUUCAGUCCAGGGUCACCACGGUCCUCAUAUUUGGGAGAAGAGCUGAGACCAGAGGAAGGUAAUCAACUUCCACAUCUCCCAGGUAGUCAAUAGUCACUGUGGAAACAUGGCCACCAUUGGGGCUGUUGCUUUGCAGUCUGGAGAAGGAGCCUCAAGAUGCCCACAGGAGGGCAUGCCAAGGCCCUCAGAUAGCUCAGAACUGGUACAGGAAUGCUUGCAACAAUUCAAAGUGACCAAGAUACAGCUGCAGAGGAUCCAAGCAAGUCUUUUGUGCUCCAUGGAGCAGUCACUGAAGGGACAGGACAGUCCUGCCCCUUCUGUCCGGAUGUUGCCCACAUAUGUGGGGUCCACACCACAUGGCACCGAGCAGGGAGACUUCCUGGUGCUGGAGCUGGGGGCAACAGGAGCCUCCCUACGUGUGUUGUGGGUGACACUGACAGGCACCAAAGAGCGUAGUGUGGAGCCCAAGAGCCAGGAGUUUGUGAUCCCUCAAGAGGUGAUGCUGGGUUCUGGCCAGCAGCUCUUUGACUUUGCUGCCCACUGUCUGUCUGAAUUCCUGGAUGCACACCCUGUGGAGAAUCAGGCCCUGAAGCUUGGGUUCAAUUUCUCUUUCCCUUGUCACCAGACGGGCUUGGACAGGAGCACUCUCAUUUCCUGGACAAAAGGCUUUAGGUGCAGUGGUGUGGAAGGCCAGGAUGUGGUCCAGCUGCUAAGAGAGGCCAUUCAGAGGCAGGGGACCUACAGUAUUGAUGUGGUGGCCAUGGUGAAUGACACAGUGGGCACCAUGAUGGGCUGUGACCUGGGCACCAGGCCGUGUGAAGUUGGGCUUGUUGUAGACACUGGUACCAAUGCGUGUUACAUGGAGGAGGCACGGCAUGUGGAAGCUCUGGAUGAGGACCGUGGUCGCACCUGUGUCAGCGUCGAGUGGGGCUCCUUCUGUGAUGAUGAGGCCCUCGGGCCAGUACUGACCACCUUCGACCGUGCCCUGGACCACAGAUCCCUAAUUCCUGGUGCUCAGAGGUUCGAGAAGAUGAUUGGGGGCUUGUACUUGGGUGAACUGGUUCGGCUGGUGCUGGUCCACUUGGCCCAGCAUGGGGUCCUCUUUGGCGGCUGCACCUCUGAUGCCUUGCUAAGUCAAGACAGCAUCCUCCUGGAACACGUGGCCCACAUGGAGGACCCCGCCAAUGGGACAGCCUGUGUCCACGAAAUCCUGCAGGGCUUGGGGCUGAGCCCUCAGGCCUCGGAUGCUGAACUUGUGAAGCGUGUGUGUGAGUCUGUGUGCACACGGGCUGCCCAGCUCUGCGCGGCUGCUCUGGCUGCAGUCCUAGCCCGCCUCCAGCACAGCAGGGAGCAGCAGACACUGCGUGUGGCUGUGGCCACUGGAGGGCGAGUGUUUGAAAGACACCCCAGGUUCCUCUGCACUCUAAAGGAGAUGGUAAUGCUCUUGGUCCCAGAAUGUGACGUCUCUUUCAUCCCCUCUGUGGAUGGUGGUGGCCGGGGUGUGGCAAUGGUGACAGCUGUGGCUGCCCGCCUGGCUGCCCACAGGCGCAUCCUGGAGGAGACGCUGGCACCCUUUCAGCUGAACUCCCAGCAGUUGACAGCGGUGCAGGCACAGAUGCGGGAAGCCAUGAUCAGGGGCCUUCGGGGAGAGGCCUCUUCCCUCCGAAUGCUGCCCACUUACGUGCGAGCCACCCCCGAUGGCAGUGAGCGAGGUGAUUUCCUGGCCUUGGACCUAGGGGGCACCAACUUCCGGGUCCUAUUGGUACGUGUGGCCGAGGGCAGUGUGCAGAUCAUCAACCAGGUCUACUCUAUCCCCGAGUGUGUAGCCCAGGGCUCUGGACAGCAGCUCUUUGAUCAUAUUGUGGACUGCAUCGUGGACUUCCAGCAGAGGCAGGGCCUGAGUGGACAGAGCCUACCCCUGGGAUUCACCUUCUCUUUUCCAUGCAAGCAGCUUGGUCUGGACCAGGGCAUCCUCCUGAACUGGACUAAGGGGUUCAAUGCAUCAGGCUGCGAGGGCCAAGACGUGGUAUAUCUAUUACGGGAAGCCAUUAGGCGCAGACAGGCAGUGGAGCUGAAUGUGGUUGCCAUUGUCAAUGACACGGUGGGGACCAUGAUGUCCUGUGGCUAUGAUGAUCCCCGUUGUGAGAUGGGCCUCAUUGUCGGAACCGGCACUAAUGCCUGCUAUAUGGAGGAGCUCCGGAAUGUGGCAAGCGUAGCUGGGAACUCAGGCCACAUGUGCAUCAAUAUGGAGUGGGGUGCCUUUGGGGACGAUGGCUCGCUGGGCAUGCUCAGCACCUGCUUUGAUGCUAGUGUGGACCAGGCAUCCAUCAAUCCAGGCAAACAGAGGUUUGAGAAGAUGAUCAGCGGCAUGUACCUGGGGGAGAUUGUCCGCCACAUCCUCCUUCAUUUAACCAGUCUUGGAGUUCUCUUCCGGGGCCAGAAGACUGAAUGCCUUCAGACCAGGGACAUCUUCAAGACCAAGUUUCUCUCAGAGAUUGAAAGUGACAGUCUGGCCCUGCGUCAGGUCCGAGCCAUCCUGGAAGAUCUGGGGUUGACUCUGACCUCUGAUGAUGCCCUGAUGGUCCUAGAAGUGUGCCAGGCUGUGUCUCGGAGGGCCGCCCAACUCUGUGGGGCAGGUGUGGCUGCUGUAGUGGAAAAGAUGCGUGAGAACCGGGGCCUGCAGGAGCUGACAGUGUCCGUGGGAGUAGAUGGGACACUCUACAAAUUACACCCUCACUUCUCCAGGCUGGUGUCGGCUACAGUUCGGAAGCUAGCCCCUCACUGCAUGGUCACCUUUUUGCAAUCAGAGGAUGGGUCUGGCAAAGGUGCAGCUUUGGUCACUGCUGUCGCCUGUCGCCUUGCCCAGAUGUCCCGUGUCUGAGGGAAUCUCCAAGAACGAUGAGAUCUCACUGGACUAAGGCCUCAGC